AUGUACUUAUUAAUACCAAUUUUUGGUGGAGCUUAUAUGGGAUUUUUUAAAAAUUUAGAACCUGAAUUAUUAAAUUUUUCAACUGUUAUCUCAUUUAUAAUUGUUCUUUUUAAUAUAAUUUUAAUUGAAGUUGAGGGAAGAAAUCAUUAUUUAAGAAUUUGCCAUAAAUCAGAUGUACAUACAAGAGAAAAAGUUUUAAAAUUAUGUGCUUAUAUUAAACUUUAUUUUGUUUUAACAUUUAUAGCUAUUUAUCUGGAUAAUGCAAAGAAUGUUGAUGAUGAAUCAUUAGCAUAUUACAAAAAGCAAAACCCAAAUAUGACAGUUUUUUUGGAGGAAAGUGAUGCAAAAUAUAUAUUUUAUUAUACAGCUCAAGAUUUACUUCUUCAAUCAUUUUUAUUUUUUGUUAUUUUAACAUUACUAUCAACUAUUUUUGUAACAUUAUUUUAUUUUAUCAAAAUAAUUCAAACAUUUAUCAAAACAUCUUUACAUGAUUCAAGAAGUGAUAAAUAUAAAAAUAGAUCUUUAUCUUUUAAACUUUUUACAUUACGUGCUUUUUUAUCAUUUACAUUUCAUGCACUACCAAUUCUAUAUUUUUCUUUUGUUCUUUUUCUUUCAAUAAAAGGAGGUGAUGGAGAAUUAAAAAUUCAUAGAACAAUUCAAAUAGCUACUAUUGUGAUGCAUUUUUAUCCAGGACUUCUAUUUACUUAUAUUAUUAUAAUUCAUUUAUUUAAGAAUAAAAUCGAUAUUAGACAUACACAACAACAAACAAAUAUGAUUCAAAAUAAUAUUGAAGAAGGUAACAAUUCAGUUUAUAUUGAAAGUUAA